AUGUGUGCUAAGGCACCUGCUGGCCAGGAGCUGGGAUUUGCUCAGGACCCUGGGGGACAGGCUGACCACACUCCCCAACAGGCUGGCAAUGGACGGGCACAGACUGGCCACAUUCGGGGACCUGCUCAAGAUGAGUGGGCACGGGCUGGUGAUGCCUCCAGGACAGGCUGGCGACACUCCAGGACUCACCAUAAGUGGGGACAGGCUCGCCAUGUUCUGGGACCUGCUUGCCACGUUCCAGGACCUGCUAGCGAUGGGCGGGAGUGGGAGCAGGGACAGGCUCACCAUGCUCUGGGAUGGGCUCACCAGGCACCUGCUGAUAAGAGGGCUACUAGUAGGGAGACUUACAAUGACUGUAACGGAAACCUCCCACUGAGAGGAGCUCCCAUGAACAGGGAGGACAAUGUGAGCUGUGACCCAUUUGGCCAAAGCAAGGAGGGGGUGUUCGGCCAGUCUGUUGGGAAAGUUUGGAAUCCAACCAAGGCACUGGCCUGGAAGGCUGAGCUGUCUGGGUGCUCUUUGACCUUGAACCCCAACUCAAGCAUUGUUUGGGUUCAGCUCAGGGAACUAGAGCCCCAUUAA